CCAAACAAAUGUUUCUACACUUUUUGCAUUACGGCAUUAGUGGUUAUCGCAGAGCCACUUCAACAACUUACGAGUACUUUUAUCGAAAAUGUCCGUGGAUGACUCUUGGGUUUUUGAUUCUUUGGUUUGCUUCCUCCAUGGACCAGUUUGGAACGCACCCCUGCAGACCUUCAUCGAGCAGAGAUCCUUGGUCUUCGAUCCCAAUCUGCAGUUAGACGAGAACAAUGAGGAAAUCCUACAGAUCCACGAGGAAUACAAGAACUUGGUCGACUACAUGCUGGGCAGCUUCAUGGAGGAGAUGCAAAUAUCACCGGAACAGUUCGAAAUGGCCUGCCUGGAGGGCCGUCAGCAGGGCCAGGGCGAGAAUCCCUUCCAGUUCCAUCAGGUCCUGUUCCAGCAGAUAUGGGCCGCCAAUGAUGUAAAAAUCUUCAUACGAAUGAUGACGCAACGCAACGUAGAGCUGCAGCUGCAGGCCUUGGAUCUGAUAGAGAAAAACCAAUUGGCCCAAAACUCUCUGGAGGAGGCUGAUAGCAACAGCGCCACGGGCUCGGAUCAAGGCGAUGCAGCCGCCGAUGUGGAUCAACUCAUAGCCAAAACCGUGGCCGAUGAGCUGGAGAGCCCAGAAGCAGCCUUGACCCCCGACCAGGAGGCUAGUCUUGAUCUGGUCAAUGAUAAGUUUCAGCGCUUGAAUCUGUUCUUCGAGCAGGAGGACAGGGUGGAUCCCACCGAUGUGACGUCGCGUCAGGAGUAUCUGCGCCAGCAACGCGACAAAAUCGUGGAGAUCAAGAAGCAAGCGCGCGCCAAGCAGCUGCAGGAGACCAUGGCCCGGGACAGUCCCCAGGGCGCCGAAGGCGCCCGUCCCAGUUCCGCCCAAGUGGCACAGCAGCUGCUCGAGAACGGCGGCAAGACCAUGGAGCUCUCUGCGCCGCUAGACAGCGAGGAAAAUUCAGCACUCCAGCUGCGCCGCACCCUGGCCAAGCGCCUGCGCAGUGAAGUUGUGGAGAAUAACUAAGCGAAUGAAAGGUUUACCUUUUUUUUUUUAACUAAAAACUUCUUUGCCUAAAUGCGGAAUGUUUUCCUUGUUAUAAGGUACCUUGCACCGCUCCUUUCCUCCACUAUUAAUAUCGGCUAUAUCGCUUGUCACCAAAUAAAUAUUAUACAUCUAUAAAUUGGCUAAAAAAGUGGCAAUCGCAAUGCUAUUUUUUCUGGCUAUAACGCGAUUGGAUUCCCCCUUAGAUAUACCGAACUAUGCUAUAAAAACCCUAGGGAUAACCACUCUCAAUCCAUUAACACAGAUUAGAUUUUGUUUUUUAUUUUUAAUUAAAAAUUUUAAACCAGAAUUUAACAGGGUGGUGCGCCGUGUGUUGCCAAACGCUGACUAGUUCAGUUGGUAGAGUAGAUGGUAAAUGCGGGAUGCUUUCUAUGUUAUAAGGUACCUUCCUUGCGCGAUCUCCGCCUCGUCCACACACAGGCAGACUUAUAGCUUAAGUAUGGAUGUGUGUGGGCGUGGUGGAGCAUUGGUAAAGUAUCGGUUAUGUUUGUCCCAAAAAAAAA